AUGAUCGCAACACCUUUGAAACAUCCAGGAAUUUAUUUGUCUUCAGAGACAUCUUCUCAAAGAAGAAAUACGCCCAUGCAUGCAAUCUUUUUUGACAGCAUUCCUGCAGGCACACUUACUCCUGUAAAAGAUUUGGCAAAAUAUCAGAACCCCUCUUUAACAUUGAGUGACCAUAAAAAGAAUCAUUUUCUAGAAGUGACAAAUUUUAAUAAUAAAAAUAUAUUUCAUUCCACCAUGCUAGCAGAGGCUACCACCUCUAACAGCUCUCUUAAUAUCAGUGCCAUAAAGCCCAAUAAGGAUAGAUUAAAAAACAAAGCAAACUAUGAAUCACCAGGAAAAAUAUUUCAAAGAAUGAAAGAAAAAGUACUGCGUGACAAGCAAGAACAAGCAUCAGGAAACUGUAGUUUGUUGGAACCACCGAAAAGUGAAAAGAAAAUUUUUACUCCUAAAGGAGCUGAGAAAAGAGUAUUGCAGCAUACCUACGUCUGUAAAGAAAAGGAAAACAACAAAUCAUCCCAAUCAGAUAACAGUUCACCAAGAGUGCAAGAAUUUCCUCUAGAAUCAUCAAAUAGUACUUUCCUUCUGAAAAAGCAAAAGAUUCAAUGUCAGCAGGAAAAGAAAGCAUCUCUGCAUAAUUUAACUUACGAGGCUCCAUUUCUGAACCAAGAACAUGAAAAUGUUUCAGCUGCAGGAUUCUCCAGCAAGGCAUUACCUAGAGCUCAGUUGGCUAAACAAAUUCUUCACUCAAGGGAGAAUACAUUUGUAACCACGAAGUCUAAAAAGGACACCUUUGUUUUAGAAGGCAUUGAUUCUGUUAUUGAAAAAUCCCAAAAUACUACUGUUGACACUCUCAAUACUAACUGUGUUCCUGUUAAAAAUGGUCAGUCAAUGGUUUCUGAUAAUAAGAUGACAACAGAAAGGACUUCACAACAGGAAAUUAAUGAGAACACAAUGCCCAGAGAGACUGAUCUUCUGGGUUCCAUGAAUGAUACAUGUAAAAUUGUGCUUGCAACUCCAAGAUUUCAUAUAACAAUACCUCGGAAAUCAAAAAGAAAUGCUUCAAAUCAUUCUCCUCCAAAUACACUUCAAACUCUUACAAAUGGAGUUAAAAAUAAUAAGGUGGUCCAGCUACAGGAAUGGAUGAUUAAAAUCAUUAAUAAUAAUACUGCUAUAUGUGUAGAAGGAAAAUUGACAGACAUCCCUAACAUAUAUUGGCACAGUAAUGUCAUUAUAGAACGGAUUAAGCACAACAGACUUAGGACUUUAUCAGGAAAUAUUUAUAUUUUAAAAGGGAUGAUAGACCGGAUUUCCAUGAAGGAAGCAGGAUAUCCAAACUAUCUCAUAAGGAAGUUUAUGUUUGGCUUUCCAGAAAAAUGGAAAGAGCAUAUUGAUAAUUUUCUAGAACAAUUAAGGGCUUGUGAAAAGAAAGAGGGAAAGGCCAGACAAAAACAGAAAACUGGAAGAUUUGUCCCUGAUAUACGAAAAUCAUCAAAAAAUAAUGCAAGAGAAAACCAAACAGAUGUCCUCCAAAGAGCCAGCACUACUUACGACGUUGAUUGUUGUCAUUUGGAAGUGAAAAAUGCUAAGCGCGGUAGGUUGCCAGGAGCCACAGAAUUAAACGUGUGCCAUGGUAAUUGCCAAAAUAAACCACCGUUAAGUCUCCCAGAUGACCAAGUAAAUAAUACUUUUCAAAAUGGAGGAGGAAAUGACUUAUCUAAUCAGGAAUUAAUUGGAAAGAAAGAAUGUGAAAACUUGUCUUCAAAGAAACUUGGAAAUUGUGAAAGAACAAAUGAAACGAUAAUUAAAAGUCAGAAGCAAGAGAGAACUGAAGAAUCGAAUGUAUCCGUUGACAUUCUAACCUCAAGACAACUGUUUUUCUCAGACGAAGAAAGAAAACAUAUGGCUCCUAAUCAGAAGGAAGCUUAUAUUUUAGUGACACCACUUAAGUCUAAAAAAGUGAUAGAACAAAAAUGCAUGAAGUAUAAUCUGUCCUAUGGCACCAUUAAAGCAGUAACAGAUUUUGCAGUGCCAAAGCAUCAAAAAGAAAGUAAAUCAGACUUAAAUGGAACUGCACAUUUGUCCAGUAAGCCCACAAAGACCUUCCAAAAUGCAUUUGAGUAUAGUGUGGAUCAUAAAAAUAAAAAAAAGGAAGAUUGCAGUGAAUGUGAUUUAGUCACAGUCAACCAGAAAAUCAAAAUAUCUAGUCCUAAAAAGGAACAAACGGUCACCUCUGAUUUUAAGAAAAAUACAAGGUUGUUUCCAAAAUUGAAGAAAAUCAGAAAUGCAUCUAUGUCAUUUUAUGAGCAUCAGUCCUCAUCAGAUUUGUCUAGUGAAGAGAGCGAAACAGAAGAGGGAAUUAGAAAGAAAGCUGAAAUUGCUAAGAAAACCAGAGUAAGGAAUACCAAAGAAACAGUGGUUUACCCGAAGAAAAGCACAAGAACCACCGCAAAGAAAAUCCCAGUGAUUUCUGAAUCUGAAACUGAAGAAAGUGAAAGUGAAUUUUAUAUCAAACAAAAGAAAGCUAGAUGUUCUGCUAAAGAAAAUCUUCAGAAAUCUGGUAUUAGGAAUGAGUCUCCAAUUAUUGAGGCAAAGGGAUCUAAUGAGACAAAUAGGCAUUCCUUUGAAUGUUUUCCUGGUAUAAUUCAGGAUGAAGAAUGGAAUGAGAAGGAAUUACAGAAACUUCAUUGUGCUUUUGCAUCUCUUCCAAAGCACAAAUCUGGUUUCUGGUCAGAUGUAGCUAUGGCUGUAGGUUCUCGAUCUGCUGAAGAAUGCCAGAGGAAAUACAUGGAAGAUCCCAGAGAAAAAGGAUCCCAGAAACCUGUCACUAAGAAAAAAACAGUCAAUCCCAAAGGCCAAAAUGGCAAGAUAGGUGAUGCUGAUAAGAAGCAAAUUAUUAAGAUAACUGCCAAAGUGGGAACUCUUAAAAGGAAGCAGCAAAUGAGGGAUUUUCUGGAACAGUUGCCAAAAGAUGAUCAUGAUGAUUUUUUCAGUACAACACCUUUGCAGAAUCAAAGAGUACUGUUGCCAAGUCUCCAGGACAGUGCAGAAGAGGAUGAUAUUCUGCCAAGUAUGGACAAAAAUCCAACAACUCCAUCAUCAGUUGUCUUUCCACUGGCAAAAACUCCUCAGUGUCAGCAUGUCAGUCCUGGCAUGCUAGCCUCUAUAAAUAGGAAUGAUUGUGAUAAGUAUGUUUUUCGUAUGCAAAAAACCCAUAAAAGUAAAGGUGGCAUUGUCUGGGGCAAUAUCAAGAAAAAAACAGUUGAAACUGAUUUUUCAACUCCAACAUCAAGAAAAAAAACCCUGUUUAACAAAGAAUUAGGAGAAAACUCUGGUAUUGGAAAACUUUUCACUAAUGCUAUGGAGUCUUUAGAUGAAGAAGAGAAAGAUGAUUAUUUUUCAAACUCUGAUUCUACAUAGUAAAAAUGAGAAAAUAUUUCCAGGAUUUUUAUCAAGAAGCAGAUUUUUGUAUCUUCUUUUGGAAUACACAUAUUUUCCUUAAAAUGUACCUUCAUAUGAAAUUGUGGAUUCCUUCUCAAAGGUUUUAGGAGUUUGUAUUCAAAGUAAAACAUCAUUCUGUAAAUAUUCCUCAUUGCUGCAGCUUACUAAAGUAUAAGGAAAAUUGUUUUGCUUGUAUAGAUAUUUGUAAAUUUCUGGGUUUUGCAAUAUUAAAAUAUUCUAGAUAAGUCUCUUAAGCAUCCAAGUCUGUUUACUUUAAGAAAAUCAUGUUCCAAACAGAUUUUUUAAAAGCUUCCAAGAAAAUGUUGCUACCCUUAAGGGAUAGGGGAGGGAGAAUGAAAAGUAGAUUGUUACUGCUGGCUACUGAAUUCAUGAAAAGCAUUUGUUACCACUUGGUAUACAAGCCAGAAUUGAUCUUAUGUUUAAAUUACAUGUUGUUGAAACUGACACUCUUUCUCCUGAUUUUUUUCUUAAAACUUGUGAUUGGCAUAUCUAUGAAACCUAUAUAAAUUUAUUGCUUUUUCAGUAUUUUAUUAGGUAGAAUCAGAGAACAAAUUUUGUUGCAUUACACCAUAUUUACAUAUGCAGACAUAGUUUACAUUUGGUCUCAAUAUUAAAAAGUGGAUUAGACAAACAUUCAAGUAGUUGAUCUACCAUUGUAAGGAGUCAGGUUAAUAUGCCAUGUCAUGGUAAACAUUAUUUUCCUUUCAGAUAGCUCCUUUAGAAAUAAACCUUUUUUUAGCUUAAUCUGCCACUCUGUUUUGAAAUUUGACAUAGAAUAUUUUGCCUGUGGUUAUAGUAUAUAUCGACUUAUCCUUUCUCUCCAGUUAGACUGUUCAAAUAAACUUGGUUUGCUUUUAUAAUAUUUCUAUUUUGGUUCUUGUUUGAUUACUGAAUCAUGGAAAGUAAACAAAUAUGCACUUUGUUACUGGUUCAGCUUGUUGCCUCAAAAAAUAUCAGAACUUUUAGUAAAAUAUACAUUUUUCUUGUUUCUUAAGAAUUUAGUCAGUAAUAAUCAGCAGUUAUAUAACUAUAGAAUUUAUGGAAAC